UGGAGUUCCCAAGGCUCGCGUUGGCUUUCUCUCAGGCUGCCCACGCCCACCCCGUUUCACAAUUUCAACAGGCUGCUGAUCAGGACCAGGACGCUCGUUAUUUUACUGCGUAUGCAUGUCAUGGUCUCUUAUGAUGUAUUAAGAAUAUGUAGGCUACUUAUAUUCGUCUGAGGGAAUGGCUGGUAACCGGUUUCGUAGCUCUUGCUUGCGAGUGACCGCGCUCUGCCGUUUCAAUAAGCGGAAGCUGCAGCUUCCCUCAUGAUAGCCGAAUUUCCUCCUCGGGAUGCACGUUUUUGUUUUAAUCCGUUCGUUACAGUAACGCCAUCUUCGUUUCUGUCAUGACUCGCGCGUUGAUCCGUCGAUCGUCGCUAAGGAAGGACGCCUCCUCCCAGCCGCGUGUUGCUUUCUCAGCGGCGCUCGCAUCUCCUCUUCUCGUCCUCGUCCUCCUCACGCUCGCUCUCGCCGUUCGUGCACAGCAGCCAUCCCUGGACAGCCCAACUGCACCAUCCGACCCGUCUCUCAUUCAACUGGAAUCCGACCCUCCUGGUGUGACUAUAGGGAGAGUGAUUCAACUGGAGAGGGAGUUAGCUGCAGCAUCCGCCUCUCCUCCUGACCUGCCUCCUCCUCCCACCAGCACCAGCAACAGCAGUGGCAGCAGUACUACUAGCAACAGCAGCAGCAGCAGCAGCAGCAGCAGCAGCAGCAGCAACAGCAGUGGCAGCAGUAUUACUAGCAACAGCAGCAGCAACAGCAGCCAAUCAUCUGGCUCCAACGUGGAUCUCAGCAUAAGGGUUGACUGGGGUCGCCAGGUAUCCAAGGAGCAGCGGCGGAGCGAAAUUCAAAGGGCAAAGGAGGAGGGGAGGUGCACGGACAAUGGGGGUCUGUUCAACGCGUGGCCCUGGGAGGGGGGCUUCUCGGAUGGCUUUUUGGCGUGGGAGCCGCAGCCGGAUAAAUACAUCCUCAUGGACUGCCAGAGAAACCAGGUGUCCAACCGCAUCCGCUGCAUCCGCAACUACCUCAUUAUGGCUGGGGUUCUGAACCGCACUCUAGUGGCGCCGUUUCGGCCGUCGGAUGUGAAUCGGGGAUACGAUCGGCGCGUGUUCUUCGAUCUGAACCACACUCGGCGCUGCUACGGACCCCGCACUGUCAUCACUCUCGAUGAGCUGCUGGCUGAGAGGAGAGCCGUGCUGAACGGCCAUGGGAGCAGCAGCAGCAGCAGCAGCAGCAAUGACGCCAGCAUUGGUGGUACUGCUGACAGUGGCAAUAAUAGUAGCACUGGGGGCAAUGGCAGCACUAGUGACGGUAGCAGUGGCAACAGCAGCAGCAGCAGCAGCAGCAGCAGCAGCACAUCAGCGGACAUCAUAGUGACUCAGGUGGUCUGUCCGUACGACACCUGCUACGACCAGCCAGGCUGGGGCCUCCCCACCGUCUUCCCUACCCUAGAAGGCGUAACCUUUGAGGCCCUCACUUUCACCGACGCCAAUCUCCCCCGAGACCACUCGAUCAACAUCACAGAUAUCAGGAGACUUGGGGAUUUGAUUUUCUCUUCGUCAGAUUUGAUUCCACUAGGGGAUCUCGGCUCGUCGCUGUUUGACGAGUCGUUCCACAUGGAGAUUGACGUUCCUUUUUUUCGGCGGCCGGGCUGCCCGAAUAAGCUGGCGGUUCAGCCUCACCCGGCGGUCUUCGAGGCUGCAAGCCGCUUUGUAUCGGAUGUGCUUCUAAAGGACGUGACUCAAACGAGGGAGAAGAGUAGCAGUGCAGAGAAUAGCAUUAGUAGCCAGAAUGAGGGCCAUCGGUACAUGGCGAUUCACUGGCGCCGAAAGGACCUGAUCACAAGUUUCCAAGACUCAGGCGCUCAUCUCUCCACAAACCGCACCGCCAGAUGCAUAGCAGCCCGGAUGGCAAUUUCCGGGAACCUCAGCACUGUGUUUCUAGCCACGGACGCCGAAGCUGCUGAGGUGGAGGAGUUGACCAAAGCUGUCUUGUCCCAUGUGCCGAAUCUGCGGCUGAUGCAGCUGCCGCCGAACCUAGAGGAGCAGGCUUGGGCGCAAGUGCUGCUGCCGUACCGGUUUGAGCAUCCAGGGUUGGUGCGGGCGACUCUCGACAAGGCGGUCUGCGCGCUCGCUGAUGUGUUCCUUGGCACGGUGGCCUCGUCCUUCACGGACGACAUUCAGCGAAUCCGGACGGGGUUGAGGCUGGCUGCAUGUGAAGACAAGGUGCUGUGUGAAGAUGAGCUGUAGGAGGUGUAGAAUGAGGUGUAGAAUGAGGUGUAGAAUGAGGUGUGUGAAGUGGAGUGAGCUGGUAGUGUGAGCUCUUAAAGACUGAGCUCUUCACACGCAUGUACACCACAUUUCCCAACUGGUCUAUCAUGCACACACGCACUCUGUUCAGGCAGUGCCGGACCUAUGGUGUUUGUUUUGGCGUGCA